AUCAAUAGAGCGAUAUUAUAACGGGAUUGGGACCAUGCAAAAAUCAAUUUUGCAUUAUGUAUGUCUUUGGCCUUUAAACUUUGUACCCGGUUUAUCGCGAUCGCGUAUCGUGGCUCAGCGCUCUUAUCGUUUCUGUAUCUAGAAUUAUAAACUUUUCAGGUCACUUGUGCCCGGUGUUCUUGUUAUUGAAUUGAAUAGUCUUUCGAGAGCUAAAUUCGGCCAUCAUGGCGGACUCUUUCCCACCAAGGACUUCCAGCUUUCGGUCGCAUUCGUUCAUCAAGAUGCGACCGGUGGCGUCGUCUUCGAAAAUCCAGCGGACCCUGGGCGGGUUGGACCUGAUGGAUGACAUCGGGAAUGAGAUGGAUCGAGGCCGGACAGCCGCCCAGGAGAACAGAUGGGUGUUUGAGGUUGCUUGGGAGGUCGCCAAUAAAGUCGGUGGUAUUUACACUGUCAUCCGUUCCAAGGCUGCGGUUACCAUGGAAGAGCUUGGGGACCAGUGCAUUAUGCUGGGCCCGUACACCGAGGCCACCGUCAAGAUGGAGGUGGAGAUUAUGGAGCCUGAGAACGAAUUGAUAAAAGGCGCGAUGGACAGCAUGAGAUCCAAAGGGAUUAAGGUACAUUAUGGGAGAUGGCUCAUUGACGGGUACCCAGGUGUCGUGCUCUUUGACAUCGGAUCCGGGGCGCAUUAUCUCGAGGACUGGAAGCACAAUCUUUUUGAAAUGUCCCAUGUCGGGAUUCCGUGGCACGACAAAGAAUCCAACGACGCCGUGAUCUUUGGCAAUCUGUGCGCCUGGUUCAUUGCAGACUUCCGAAAGCAGUUUCAAGAGUCCGAGAACCCACUGAUCACAGCCCACUUCCACGAAUGGCUGUCUGGUGUUGGACUCAUCCUGUGCCAUCUCCGCCACAUUGACUGCGCCACGAUAUUCACCACUCAUGCCACGUUGCUAGGCCGGUACCUGUGUGCGGGCAAUGCCGAUUUCUACAACAACCUGAGCACGUUCAAUCUUGACAAGGAAGCAGGCGACCGUGGUAUCUACCACCGCUACUGCAUGGAGAGGGCUGCCGCUACCUUGGCUCACGUUUUCACGACUGUCUCCAACAUCACGGCCGAAGAAAGCCAACAUCUACUGAAGAGACUACCAGACCUGGUCCUACCCAACGGCCUGAACGUCGUCAAGUUCCAAGCAGUGCACGAGUUCCAGAACCUCCACGCCAAGUCCAAGGAGAAGAUUCACGACUUUGUUCGAGGCCACUUCCACGGACACUAUGACUUUGAUUUGGACAAGACGUUGUACUUCUUCACAGCUGGUAGAUACGAGUAUCACAACAAAGGCGCCGAUGUCUUCCUAGAAUCUCUAGCCAAGCUGAACCAUCUCCUGCAGGUUAACAAAAGUGACAUGACCGUGGUAGCAUUCCUCAUUUUUCCGACCAAAACAAACAACUUCAACGUUGAGUCCCUACGUGGCCAAGCUAUCAGCCAGCACUUCAGGGAGACAGUGGCAAACAUCAAGGACAAAAUCGGCAAAAAGAUCUUUGAGUCCAUCCUGAGAGGUGAAAUGCCGGAUAUCGAAAAACUUUUAGAGCGCGCCGACACCGUACAACUGAAACGUUGCAUCUACGCGGCUCAGAGGCCAGGGCUCCCCCCUGUCUGUACGCACAAUGUCACCAACGACGGAUCGGACCCUGUCCUAAGCCACAUCAGAAGAAUCGGUCUGUUCAACAACAGUCACGAUCGGGUCAAGAUUAUCUUCCAUCCUGAGUUUCUCACGGCCACCAAUCCUCUCUUUGCUUGCGACUACGAGGAGUUCGUACGUGGCUGCCAUCUUGGCGUCUUUCCUUCCUACUACGAGCCCUGGGGAUACACCCCAGCGGAGUGCACCGUGAUGGGUAUUCCAAGUGUCUCCACCAACUUGUCUGGGUUUGGCUGUUUCAUGGAGCAGCACGUCGCAGAUCCCACAUCCUACGGUAUCUACAUCGUGGACAGGAAAUUCAAGGCACCCGAUGAGUCCGUCUAUCAACUUGCAAGGUUCAUGUACGACUUCUGCCAGCUGACUCGAAGGCAGCGAAUUCUCCAAAGGAAUCGUACUGAGCGUCUCAGUGAACUGCUGGACUGGAAGAGCCUGGGCAUCUAUUACAGAAAAGCGCGUUACCUGGCUCUCCACAAGACCCACCCGGAAAUAUUUGAGGUUGCAGAUGAGAAUGACGGGAAGAUGACGAUGAGGUAUCCCCGCCCAGCAUCUGCCCCGCCCUCUCCCUCAAGCUCACGGGCAUCGACCCCUCUGCCAUCCACGGAUGAAGAAGAGGACGAGGACUACGAAGACAAAGACAAAGAGGACACGAAAGACAAUUAAGAUUUUGAUGGCUGUUGACCAGUUUAGUGUGAAAAAUUAUAGUAUUUUAAAAAGUAUUUUAACCCUGAAAGAGUUAGGCCUUUUUUGGACCUUUUCGGACUGGGGGAACGAGAUUCCACCCCCUCCAAGAACUCGGCUUUCUCAAACACCAUCUUUUGAAACCUUUACGAGCAUUUUCAGACACCCAUUACUAGUACGUCGGUGAAGUUUCAAUGAAAUCUGAUAUUGGAGUUUGUUGUUAUGGUCAUCUGAGAUUCAUGGCUUUACGUGUGCCGGGCCGCGUACAUUGAACACAUCAGUGGGAUAAUACGACUUCUUGGCCCACCUGUCUCAGGUGUAAAUCAAUAGCCACUUUCAAAAUAAGAUAUGUGAAGCUAUGUUAUUGCAUUGGAAACCUGCAUUGUUGGAUCACCAGGAAAACGGAAAAUCUGUGGGUAUAUUUCAUAGAGUAUUCAUUACCAUAGAUUUUGGCUCGUGUGCGCUGUGCACAUUAAAACCCUCCUAUGCUGAAGUCACUCUUUUGGGGAGUUGGUAAGUCGAACAAACAGAGAUGCACAGCCGUGUCCUGUUGUGCACUGCACCAACAGUCCCUCACAGGAAUAUCAGAUUGCACUUUUGUGCUGCCCAACAACUGUGCUUC